AUUAUACUUAUGUCUAUACGCUUUGGCACAUCAGGCUGGAGAGCAAUUAUAGCGGAUCAGUUUACUUUUGAAAAUGUAAAAUUGGUUACGCGUUCAAUAAGCAGUUAUUUGAAAAUUGAUGGUAAAAACAGUGGGAAGAUAAUUGUCGGACACGAUUCUCGCUUUAUGGGCGAAAAGUUUUGUGAAAUUGCCGCUGAAAUUCUUGAAAAAGAAGGGUUUCAAGUUUUGCUUUGUCAGAAUCCGACACCGACCCCAACGAUUUCACACGCAAUCAGAAGUGAAAAAGCGGUUGGCGGAAUAAAUUUUACGGCAUCGCAUAAUCCGCCGGAAUAUCAAGGAAUAAAGUUUUCAACGGCAGACGGUGCA